GCCGAAGGGCCCCGCCCCGCCCCGCCCCGCCCCGCCCGGCCGAGGGGCUCCGCCGGCCCUGCGGCCCUCGCCUCGCCUCAGCCCAGCCCAGCCCAGCGCAGCGCAGCCUCGUUGCGGCCCGGCCGGCGGGCAGCAGGUUCUGCAGAAGACGAGGGAUAUUUUUCCACUGACUCUUGUGAUCUUUGGACCAAGUCUGUUCCUUGCUGUUGUUCCCCAAGGGCUCACAGACAGGCAGUGUGCUCAGGGGGCUUUGCCACUGGAGGCAGAAUCAGAACGUUACUUGGGAAGAUAAAAUCUAGGAGUGGAAAUGAAGGCAUCUCCUCUACCAUGGACUUUAUUUCUUCCAGUACUGAGUCCCAACAUUGGCGCUGCUGCUGCUUACUACAAGCAUUGGAGGUUACUGGUUGUUAAGAGACCUGUGGUGCAGCAACAGUGAAGAUCAGAAUCCCAUCAUGCAGCACCUCCCUGAUGGACAGAACAGAGAGAACCCAAAGGGAAGCUUUAUCCACAGUGUUCCUGUGAAUCACCUUUGCCCGGCUACCUUAGCUUGGACAGUCCAGUUAUCUUGUCCUUCUUUACAAAGAAGUUUUGUUGCCAAGAUUUACUCUGAAAAUGACCUGCACUACUGAAUGCAGCUGUCUGCAAAUGUAAAGCCAACAAAUCAUAUCUCCCUCCCUCCUCUGAAUUUCCUAUUUCCUGUGGAAUAUAUAUGUCGAAGUAUUUUUGAAAACAGAUCUUUAUUGAAGACAUUUGGAUUACAACUGUGAGCAUAUCUAUGCAAAGAGACGAGUGAGUCUGAGCAAUUUUGAGUUUUGUUCAGUGGAGGGACUGCUGUAUGUCAGCCAUGCUAAAGGGCAAGUGAUGGAGCUCUGAACCGAGUGCUUCAGCAGAUCAGAGUGCCACCUAAAAUGAAGAGAGGGACAAGCCUGCACAGCAGGCGGGGCAAGACGGAUCCUCCAAAAGGAAGUCCACAGAUCAACAGGAGGUCUGCCCAAGAUAUGCAGUCAGGUCGGCCCAGAUCAUCAUCUACUACAGAUGCUCCCACGAACUUGUCUGUGAUGGAGAUUGCUUCUUCCCUCUAUGUAGGUGGAGAGGAGGCCACAGCAGCAGCAAUUGAGCGAUUGGAAGUCAGCAGCCUAGCGCAGACCUCUAGUGCAGUGGCCUCGAGCACCGAUGGCAGCAUCAAUGCAGACUCUGUUGAUGGGACCCCAGAUCCUCAGCGUACAAAAGUGGCUAUCACACACCUGCAACAGAAGAUACUGAAGUUGACUGAGCAGAUCAAAAUCGAACAAACAGCCCGUGAUGACAAUGUGGCGGAGUACCUGAAACUAGCCAACAACGCAGACAAGCAGCAGAGCGCCCGUAUUAAGCAAGUGUUUGAGAAGAAGAAUCAAAAGUCCGCCCAGACGAUCUCGCAGCUGCAGAAGAAACUAGAGCAUUACCAUCGAAAGCUACGAGAGAUUGAGCAGAAUGGGAUGCCACGGCAGCCAAAGGAUGUCUUCAGGGAUAUGCAUCAGGGAUUGAAAGAUGUUGGAGCAAAAGUCACUGGCUUCAGUGAGGGAGUAGUAGAUAGUGUUAAAGGUGGGCUUUCCAGUUUCUCCCAAGCCACACAUUCAGCAGCAGGAGCUGUGGUUUCCAAACCUCGUGAGAUUGCCUCCCUCAUAAGGAACAAGUUUGGGAGUGCAGACAAUAUUGCUAAUCUGAAAGACUCCUUAGAAGAAGGCCAGGAAGAUGGGACAGGAGGCAAGGCUCUAGGUGUUAUCCAGAACUUUCAGUCAAGCCCAAAAUAUGGCAGUGAAGAGGAUUGCUCCAGUGCCACGUCAGGCUCAGUGGGAGCCAACAGCACAACAGGGGGCCCUGUGGGAGCUUCCAGCUCCAAAACAAACACUCUGGAUAUGCAGAGCUCAGGGUUUGAUGCAAUACUACAUGAGAUUCAAGAAAUUCGAGAGACACAGGCAAGACUGGAAGAAUCAUUUGAGGACCUUAAGGUUCGCUAUCAGAGGGAUUACUCGUUAAUAAUGCAGACUUUGCAGGAGGAGCGGUACAGAUGUGAAAGACUUGAAGAGCAGCUAAACGACCUGACUGAGCUCCACCAGAAUGAGAUCCUGAAUCUAAAACAGGAGCUGGCCAGCAUGGAGGAGAAAAUUGCCUACCAGUCUUAUGAGCGAGCCCGGGACAUCCAGGAGGCACUGGAAGCGUGCCAGACCCGCAUCUCCAAGAUGGAACUGCAGCAGCAGCAGCAGCAGGUGGUGCAGCUGGAGGGUCUGGAGAAUGCCACAGCCAGGAACCUGCUGGGGAAGUUCAUCAACAUCCUCCUAGCUGUCAUGGCAGUCCUCCUCGUCUUCGUCUCCACUGUGGCCAACUGUGUCGUGCCCCUCAUGAAAACUCGCAAUAGGACGUUCAGCACUUUAUUCAUAGUGGUUUUCAUUGCCUUUAUGUGGAAGCACUGGGAUGCCAUCUCUGGCUACUUGGAACGGUUCUUGUCUCCCCCCAGAUGAUGGCAUGAGGAAUUGGCUGCGUCGCUCCCCUCCCAUCACGCUCAGUGAGCAAGCGUGGCAAAGAUUAGUCAGCAACUACUCCGCUGAAGUUUUAAAGUGUCCGAGUGAAUUUGUUUACAUUUAGAAUAACGUUUUUUCUCUGCAAGAUGCAUUGCAAUAGUAUUUUUUAGAUUUUAUUCAAGAACUCUUUUUUGGCGAGAAUCCUGGAUAAUUUUUAUGUAGCAUGGUUCUCUUUGGAUGCAAAUCUUAAGAUUCUUUAAAGUGUACAAAAAGAAAUAAAUAAAACACGGAAAUUUGGAGCAUACCAAUGGGCAAUUUAAAUUGUGGCUUGAACUACUGUACUAAACCUGUCAGGAAGAGGAGAAUGUGUUUAACUUAAGAUGAGCAAAGCUAAACGUAGUGCACAGCCUUGAGGGAUGGUACCACAGCAAACCUAUAACACUAAACUUUUACUGUGAAGUCUGCUCACAUUCCAUGUCCAAAUGUGUGGGUUCAGAGUGGUUUCUUUCCUUAACAAGAGAAAAAACAACGCAUGGAUCUCUUUCCCAACUCAGCAUCUGGGUUUGCCAUUUGUGCUAACCUGUCUUAGAGAAACUUUCUGUAAGGCUGAUCAACUUUGCCAAGUAUAUGAAGUGGAAGCCUCAUGCCAUACACAGUAACUGCACAGUUGUGCUACAGUAUUUGAAGUAGUCCUUGAAAUACUUAUCUUUAAGCAGAAGCCCUUGGUCGCACUUUUAAGGUUUUUUUUAUAUAUGUAUAUUCACAGAUUAAAAAAAAUCCAAACAGCAUACUUGAAGAGUGUAAUACUCAAACUCUCAGUGCUUCCUUAUUGUUUCUAAUAUAGGAUUUUUUAUUAUAAUUAUUAUUAUUAUUAUUGGGGUUUUUUUUUUGGAAGGGGUUGGGAGGGUCAUUACUUUUUUUUUUUUUUCCUUUUAAAUAAAGAAGUGAUGUUUUUAAAUGAAGAAAUGCGUGAAUAAUUGUGAGCCGUCUUGUCCUGAAACAGUUUUGAGGAGGGCAGAAAGUAGUUUCUAGUGCCAGCCUGUCUGGAACACAGUGAUGUUCAUAUGCCAUUUACCUGUCCUCCUGUGCAUACAGAUGCAGCAUCAUGAAAAACAUCUAUCUUCUCCACACAUUCUUGUCAUGCAGGGUUUUGUUUGUUUGUUCGGUUUGGUUUUUGUUUCCAAAUGUGAAAGACAAUAUGUUUGUAUUCCUCACGUUAUCAUCUCUCAUUCCUGGCCUCAGGAUAAGAAUAAGGAAUUUCUUUUCAUCCCUUCCUAGGGAACAAACGGAUUCUUUUAAGGAAAGAAAUACCGAUUCAACAGUCCACUUAAAGGAACGAUUGUCUCGGAAAUCACUCUGACUUAACUUUUAGAUAAACUCCUAAAAAUUGAAACCAAAGUUUUCCUCCUGUCAGGCUCUGAUAAGAUCACUUGUGUGUGUUUGUAGCAAUCUUCUUUGUAGAUUGUAUCAGUGCAGUGUGCCAUAGACAGCAUCCUCUUCUUUAGCUGCAAGGGCAAGUACUUGGUGUAGGUUCCUUUUCAAAGCUCUAAAGGAAAUGUCAUUUUCAACUGUAGCUGCCAAGUCCCGGCAGCAUGCUUUGCUGAUUGUUGGUACUGGCAGUCAGGCUUCACAUCCAAGGAAUCUGGAUUCACUAUAUAUAUAUAUUUUUUAAUUGGUGCCCCUUUCCACUGUAACAACAUAAAGAUUCAAAUUCCAUCUCUGUGAAAUCCAAAAGGACUCCAGGACUCUCUUUCAACACCAUUUAUGGUGUUUAGUUAGAUCUUGCUGGUUUUCUUCCUUCUAGGCUUAAAUUCUGUCUAGGAAACAAAUGUUGCCCCUGUGACCUACACCAGUUGAGAUCAUACAUAUACAUACAUGGAACAUGUACAUGAUAUAUAUGUAUAUGUAUGUGUGUGUAUAUAUAAAUGUAACGCUUUAUGCUCUGAUGCAAAUUCUGAACUUCAAGAGAUUCCCCCAAAAUAGGUUAACAGCCUUGAGGGUAUUCUGACUGAUGGCAGAGGCAAGCCCUCCACUGUUCAACCAUUCUUCUUCCUUCAGAGAUUCUGUGUAUUCUUUCCAUGGUCACAGUAAACUCAGGUACGCCCCCCCAGGGAUUCCAGCACACCUGCCUUUGUCACCAUAUGCGCAAAUCUGCUCUUGUCCUACUUAAAACGCAAAUUGCCAAUUGCAACUUAGUCAAGCCAAAAAUAAUCAUUCUUUCCACAGUUGCAGAUGGAGCAAAGAUUGCAUAAACAUUCCCUAUCUGGACCAUGCUUCUAUCUCAAGUGAAAUUCCAUUCUGUUUACCACCUUUCUCUGGCUGAUUCAAAUUACGUGGAUAAUUGUCUUCUUCCCAUUAAAUAGGUUUUGUCAGAACCAAAGGUGUGGAUAACAUAAGAAAUGAAUUGGUGUGUAGUUGAAAAGUUCCGUUGCCUUUAUUUCUGAUACCUAGCUUUCGCACCUGUGUUUUUCUCAGUUUUGAUCACACUAAAUAGUUGAUGGUAGGUUUUUAUGUGGUCAAAGCAGGAGGGAGUUGAAAGCCAGUGGAUUUGGACGCUUAGUGCCACUCAUCUGUAGUAUUCAAAGGAAGUGUUUGUCCUUCUUUAUAUCAAAAUUUCAUUUAGUGUCUCAACUGCAUCAUUUUCAGAAAAUGCCAUUUGAUAAUUUGCCAGAAGGUGCAGGCUUAAUAGAAACUUAACACCUCAAAACUGUUCGGUGAAGGCCAUGUAUAUAUGGUUCUGGACAAUGUCUGUUUGUCUGUCUCUUUCUCUCUCGACAGUUUCUUCCAUUCCAGAAAGUUGUCUGCAGUAAUGCCAUAUAUGAUGCUGCAUCCACUUUUCAUAUCCUAACAGAACUGCCAUGUGUUUUGCCUUUUGCAUUAGUAGAAUGUUUUGGGGUUUUCCUCCCUCUUCAAUUCAAAGGUCUGUGAUGAUUUCUGAUAGCUUAACAAUGAUUAUAUUGUUGGAAAUGUGAUUCUAGCUUUAAAGCUCCCUUUGCUUGUAAGUGGUUUUGUUUGAUUUCUUGAUGAAGCAUUCCUGGAUGACAUGUCGAAGACAGUUUCCACCAUGGAUGCGAGUGUGCAUGUGUGAGUACCUUUUAUUAGCCUUCCUUAUGGAUGUAAACUUUUUAGUGACCAUCUCUGAGUAGCAGAAUGUUUCCCAAAACAUUUCAUAUUCAGAGUUGAAACAAUUCUGAAAUUGCUUAGAUAUGUUUAGAACAUAUCAACUUGGCAUAUAAAAAGGGAAGAAUAUAAUGGACUAUGUUAAAAAAGCAACAGCUCCUCAGUGAAAUUCUGUGGUUCAUCUGUUUUCCCCUAUUUGCUUUGUCAAUGUAAAAAAGAAAAGAAAAAAAAACUGAUGCAAAAAACAAAAAACGUUUUUAAUUUUACGAAGUUCUCUUUCCUCUCAGCCUCAUUAGUUUAGUUUAAUGAUUCUGAGCAUGCUCACAGCAAUUAUUUCAUCGGUUUAUUCCAGUCCUGUGAGUUUUUAAGGUCUGAUCAGAUGAAAUGUUGAGUUCUGUACAUGUUGCACUGGGACAGAAAAGCACUGUCUUUCAGCUUUGAAAAAUAUGCAUUUUUUAAAUUAAACAAAAAGGCAGCAUUGUAACAAAAGAAGCCAAGCUACAAAGGGGUUCGAGAUUGGGUAGUUUUACCAGUUAAGUGAAUUCUGAAUGUGGCUAAAGAGUUUAAAACCCCGUGUGUCUGUGUUGUGUAUGCCAGGUGGUAUAGUAGUAGGCAAUUGACUUAGCUGUAAGUGUGUUUUAAAAGUGUAAAAAAUAAACAGAAAAACUCACUUGCACGGAUUGAAAAGUACAGAAAUGACACUUGUGAACGUAACACUGUAGUUUAUAGAUCUUAAGCUGCUAAUUGUUGAGAGAGAUUUACAUUUGUCUUGUAUGUUUGUUGCAGAUUUAUCUGCAACACUUUUACUGUAUAUAAAAAAAUUUAAAUAAAGACCUCAGCUAUUAACACUG